UCCAGUUAUACAUUGACGCACUCUCUCUCUCUCUCUCUCUCUCUCUCUCUGUCAUGGUUCCAUUCUCUCUCUCUCUCUCUCUGUCUCUCUGAUAGUUCUUAGUUGGGACUCUGCAACUCUUAAUUGAUGGCUUUUUGCUCUUGGGGUUGUUUCGGAGGUGGCGGUGACACCAGAGGCGGGUUGAGGAAGUACAGUUAUAAGAAACUCUCCGAGGCAACUAAAUCUUUCACGUACGAUAAUCUGCUUGGCUCAGGUGGCUUUGGUGAUGUCUUCAAAGGAUCACUAGACGGUAAAGUUGUUGCUAUCAAGAAACUUAAAUAUAAAAAGGAUGAAGAGCCGCAAAAUAAAGUAGAGGAGAUUGAGUACCUUAAAAAGGUAAAUCACCCAUGCCUUGUUGAGCUUAUUGGCUACUGUGAUGAGGGCGCUAAUAAACUGCUUGUAUUGGAGUUUGUUCCCAAUGGGACAUUGAGACAUCAUUUAAAUGGAAAAGAUAACAAGCUGGAUUGGCAAAGAAGAAGGAAUAUCGCCAUACAAUCUGCAUAUGGAUUACAACAUCUACAUGAAAUCUGUAAAAUUAUACAUCGAGAUAUUAAGGCAGAUAAUAUUCUUCUUACCAGUAAUUUUGAACCAAAGGUUGCAGAUUUUUCGCUUGCUAAGUUUUUACCAAAUAUUGGUAAUGUUAGCCAUAUCACUAGUGUCCUGAGGGGAACUAACGUUUAUGCAGAUCCAGAAUUUAUAGAAAUUCAAAGGGUUUCUGAAAAGUCAGAUGUGUAUUCCUUUGGUGUUGUACUUCUAGAGCUAAUUACUGGAAAACCACCAUUAUUUGGUGAUAGUGAUAACAUCGUCAAUUGGGCAAAAUCUCGGAUUGAAGAAGCUUUGAUCAAUAAAAUAUAUACAGAUUUUGUUGAUCCCAUAUUGCAAGGGGAUUACGAUGACACGCAAAUGGAGAGAAUGAUUCAAUGUGCUGAAGCUUGCGUAUAUAGACCUUCAGUUUCACGACCAAAUAUGGAGCAGAUAAUUGCAAUUCUCAAAAAUCCUAACCUUUCAAUUGAGACAUCUCUUCAUGUAGGAGGUGUUCAUAUUGAUCUACAAUCUGCACUUGAUAUUAAGAACAUGCAAACUACUCCGCCAAAAAUCUUUUCUUUUGAAGAACUAGCAGAGUCAACUUGUAGUUUUUCUAACAACAACUUGCUUGGCGUGGGAACAGUUUAUAAGGGAUCUCUUAUAAACAAUGAAAUCGUUGCAAUUAAAAAGCUUGAAUAUCUAGGUGUAGAACUGAGCACAAGUGAAUUUCAAGAGGAGAUGAACGCCAUUAGUAGCAUCUGUUACCAACAUAUUGUCAAGCUAAUUGGGUACUGUAACGAAGAAUCCAAUAGAUUGCUUGUUUAUGAGUUUUUUCCCUACUCCUUGCGGUCUCGACUACAUGGAAAAAACAAAGUAACUAUCAAUUGGUCAACCAGAAUGAAAAUUGCCAUAGGUUCUGCAAAAGGAUUAGCAUUUUUACAUGAAUACUGUAAAGUCAUACAUGGAAAUAUCAAGGUGAAUAACAUUCUUCUUGAUGAAAGCUUUGAACCAAAGAUUUCAGAUUGUAGAUUAGCCAAAGAGAAUUUGCACCCUUUUAGGUCUUAUAAUUCUGCUGUUGAUAGUUUGAAAGGAACUUUAUGUUGUUUAGCGCCUGAGUAUAUCAAAGAUAAGCAACCUACUGAUAAGUCCGAUGUUUUUUCCUUUGGUAUUGUACUUCUGGAAUUGAUUACUGGCAAGCAAGCUGUUGAAAACAAAGACGGUGUUGACACUAACUUGUCCAUUUGGGUGGCACCUCGACUCAGAAAAGCUUUGAUGAUAAAUAAUUAUAGUAAUAUUAUUGAUGAAGAAUUGAAAGGCUAUAAUGAGGAUGAAAUGAUUAGAAUGAUUUAUUGUGCCGCAUCAUGCGUGUACAAACUCGCAAAUUAUCGUCCACGAAUGAGCCAGAUUGUUGAAGUCCUACGAGGGAAUUUGGAAGUGGAAAACAUAUGGUUAAGCAUUGAUAGCACUUACCUUUGUGAUGGAGCACCGUAUACACGGCCAUACACACGUAAUUAAUAUUAUUCUUCAGAUUUGAAUAAAAAUUAUAACUCUAAUAAUGGUAGCUAUGAUUUUCAUCAUGAUUGUCUAUUAAGAAAACAAGUUAGCUUUCUUAUUUAGGUAUUAGCUUUCUUUUUUAAGUACUAACUCUUGAUUUAUAGAAUAUUUUUUCUUAUUUAAUUCAGGAGGUAUGGGACUUUGUAGUUUCA